AUGACAUUCGAAACCAUUGACCUGGGGGUCAUGCAGAGUGGCACCCUCGGGGAUCAGAAAAAGGUCGGGGAGGCCAUGAAGAAUGCCCUUGAACGACAGGGGUUUCUGAAGCUGACCAACCACGGCAUUGCGCCAGAGAUGAUUGAGGAGUUAUUUGUUUGGAGCAAGCGAUUCUUUGCCCUGCCUAACGAAGUCAAAGCGAAAGCUCCGCACCCGCCCACCCCGACCCCAAAUCGAGGUUAUAGCGCGGUGGGGAUGGAGAACACUUCGGUGCACGGCAAUCUGGGCAAGAAAGGUGGGAAAGUCCUUCCCCCGUUGAUCGACAUGAAGGAAUGCUUCGAUCAAGGCUCCGCCGACGACGAGCUCUAUAGCAAUAUCUGGCUCCCCGAGUCCGAUCUCCCCGGCUUCCGGGCCUUCAUGGAGUCCUACUUCGAGGCCGGAUUUGCCUGCCAGCAACGUAUCCUCAGCGCAGUGGCCCUGGGCCUGGGACUGCCACCGACUGCGUUCGACCGCCUCCAUCACAAACGCCAAAACGAGCUUCGCCUCACCCACUACCCGCCAAUCGAAGCGCGACAGCUCCAGGACGGCACCAAGACACGCAUCUCAGAGCACACCGACUUCGGCACCAUCACCCUCCUAUUCCAGGACUCGGUGGGUGGGCUCGAGGUGGAAGACCACACUUCCGUCGGCACCUUCCACCCUAUUGAGUCAGAGAAGUAUGAGAUGAUCGUCAACAUCGGAGAUUGCUUCCAGCGCUGGUCGAACGGGGCGCUGCGCUCGACGCGACACCGCGUGCACGUCUCCCAGCGCGAUUUGCAGAAUCAAUCUGAGUUUCUGCCCGGAAGGUACUCGGUCGCGUAUUUCACCAAGCCGAACCGCGAUGCGAGCGUGGGGUCUAUGCCGGAGUUACUGAAGCCAGGGGAGCAGGUGAUUUACUCCGACCUCACGGCAGGCGAAUUCGUCUUGCAGCGGUCGGCGACCACAUACGGGAGUUACGCGGGUGCCGGGGAGAAGCAGACCAAACUGUAGAUUAUUGGCUAUAUUAGCGGGCAGAAGAGAAAUCGAUUUAUUCUGUUACUUCCCAAAUUGUGAUUUGAACCGUGUGUUUGUCUAUUUCCGGCUUGGACAACUAGUAGUACAGUACAGUGGUCUUCCCAUUCACUCGCACGGGGAGUGCAGACCGUCCUAUCCGAUGCUACCCUCAACAAUGAACCAUCACGUAAUUGGUCGAGAAUAUCUCCUAGCACGUUAUGAUUGACCUCUGACCGGGCUUGCUUGAAAAGACUUCGUGUCAUUGAGGCGCGGUCGAGAAACGUAAGCAUUCG